AUGGACCAUUACAAAGUCCUUGGCGUCACGGUGUCCGCCACGGACGACGAGAUCAAGCGGGCGUACAAGAAACUUGCCAUCAAAUAUCAUCCGGAUAAAUCAAAGGAUCCGGCACAUCACGCUUUGUUUAUACAAAUCAAGGAGGCGUAUGAGACCUUGACCGAUAGUCAGAAGAGAGCAAGGUAUGACCGUGAAAAUGGCACGGGUGUAGGCAGAGCCGGGAGACCUGCCACUGGACGAGGUGCGGGAGCGAGUGCCGGGGCCGGUGCUGGCUCAUGGGGCUAUGGUGGUGGUGGUGCUGCUGGUGCUGCUGCUUACUCCCAGUCGCAAUCGCAAGGUCAGUCGCACUCGCACUCACACUCACAAACACAUCGACCCAAUGUAUAUGAAGGGUUCACGAGCUCAUUUUAUGAGAUGUAUAGGAGGUUUGGGACUGGUGGAGGGGACCGGACUGGUGGGGCGUAUGACCGGGAAAGACGUGAACAGGCGGAGAAAAUACGACGGGAACAACAGGAAAGAGAGAGGAAAGAACAGGCCGAGAAGAUCCGUAGAGACCAACAAGCUCGGGAAAGAAGGGAGUUGCAUGAUCGAUUGGCUCGUGAGGAGUACAUACGGCAGAAACGAGAAGAACAGCACGAACGAGAGGCCGAACGGGCGGCGUAUCAGGAACGCAAACGCGAGGCAUAUCGCCAAGCAUGGCAGGGUGGACCCACCAACAGGAGACUGCCGGACACACAAAAGGGGACCAAUUCGAGUGACCCCAUUGUACUAUCGGAUGAUGAGGACGAGUUUGCUUCUGCCAAUGAGCUGCAGGAGGAGGAGGACUCUCUAGAGGAGGAAGAGGAGGAAGAGCCACGGCAAUAUGGCACCCAGACAGCGCCCGUAGAUGUAGAUGUAGAAUCUCCGACACCUACCCGUACGCCGCUGGGUGACGGAAGAUACGCUCUGCAGAACGUCAAGGCCGAGACAGGGUCGUCGAGGGAGAAGUCGGCCCAUGCGGGACGUGGUGGUGGUGGGAGUGGUGGGAUUUCUGACUUUCUCCAGAACAUCGGCGUCACUUUCCAUGCUGAUCAAGGCGGUCAUGACCCGUUAUCCUUUUCACAGACGUUAUGGGAGGCUGCUAAUGGCGUGACAAGGGAUACCUUCUCCACGAGACAACGUCUGCAACCCUCGUACUCCAGAAGGGGUACGACUAUGUCUCCAAGGCGUGGUACAUCUCCACAGCGUGGUGGAACCUCUCCACUGCGUGGCACCUCUCCACAACGUUCCACUCCACGACGGGACCCCGCCACCACUUUCCCCAAGCCUGGCACUGCACCACUCAGCAAUAUCAGAAACACCUUGAAUGAGUUCCCCAACAAGAAGAGCAAGGUCAACCCCCUUGAUCUUGAUGAUCUUGAGGCCACACUAGAGAAGGAGACGGCGCGAGACUUCAAUCUCCAGUCUAAUAUACUGGAUCUCUACAACGACCUCCCACACGUAGAUCAGGACGGAUCUAACUUCACGACGACCGCGACGACUCCUGGGAAACGUCAGAGAAGAUCGAACCCGAUGUUUUCCUCCAAGAGACAACGUCAACACGAGUUCACCGAUUCGAACGUGCAACCUGAGACCUUGUAUAGACCGGUCAACGCUUCCCCCAAGCGUGGCCAUUCAACUUCGACACUUAGUCUUCUGGACCUUGGCGCGUACCCUGAAAUCCGCUGGUACACGGUGCCGGUGGCGCCACGGAUCGACCCCUUACAACCACAUAUGCUUCUGGUUGCACAGAUGAAGAAAUACGACCGGGAGUUCCACUCGUACCUGCAAAAGAUCUUCCAAUAUCAACAGCAACGGAGGGAACGGGACGAGGAACAUCAGGCCCGGAUCUAUGCCAACAAGCAAAGUUUCAACGUUUACAGACAAUGUCUCGAGCAAGACUUUCUUGUGGCCGAACAGUACGCCAGCGAGGCACACAAGCAUCGAGAGGUUGUUACGGAGUUCCAACGAUUGUUUUUCCCCUAG